GCGAUCACGAUGCCUCCAGCCAAGCUCUCCACGCCGCUCUCCGCUCCUCUCGACCCGCACGCCGCCCGCGCCCACCAUGGCCUCCAUUCAGCAGCUGGUAGGAAGAUGGCGCUUAGUGGAGAGCAAAGGCUUCGAUGAGUACAUGAAGGAAUUAGGAGUAGGGAUGGCUCUGCGGAAAAUGGGCGCCAUGGCCAAACCAGACUGUGUCAUCACCUCUGACGGCAAACACCUCACCAUAAAAACUGAGAGCACGUUGAAAACAACGCAGUUUUCAUGCAACCUGGGAGAGAAGUUUGAAGAGACUACAGCUGAUGGCAGAAAAACUCAGACUGUGUGCAAUUUUGUCAACGGCGCAUUGGUGCAACAUCAGGAAUGGGAUGGCAAGGAAAGCACAAUAACAAGAAGAGUGGAAAAUGGGAAACUAAUGGUGGAAUGCGUCAUGAACAAUGUGAACUGUACUCGGGUCUAUGAAAAAGUAGAGUAAAAAUUCCAUCAUCCUUCUGGACAGGAAUUAGCUGCUCGAGUAAAGAGGCUCAGUUCAAUGAGCAAAUCUCUCUGUGCUUUUUAUUUUUUUUUUCCAUCUCUGUAUUCAGUUAUCUUUAUCAUAAACAUUUUACAUGCAACUAUUUCCAAGUGUUGGUUUAAUUAAGAUCGUCCCUUUGGUUAGUGAAUAAAUGUGUUUAUGCUA